AUGUCUCCCAACCGUCAUGUCCUUGUUCUUGGUGGUAAUGGAAAGAUUGGAAGACUCAUCACAGACAUUCUUCUGAAGAAGUCUUGGACUGUGACGAGUCUGAUUCGUUCUGAGGAGCAGGUCGAGGACUUGAAGAAGGCUUUCGAGGGUCUGCCGGGGAAGCACCAUGUCGUCGUUCAUGAUCUAGAGCAGGUCGGUAGCCAGGAGAAGGCUGCCAAGAUCCUUGAGGAGGUGAAGCCGGACUCGGUGGUUUGGACUGCGGGAGCUGGUGACAAGGGUAGUCAGGAUAGAGUCAUCCGAAUCGACCGUGACGCUGCAAUUGCCUUUGUCAAGGCCUCGGUCGCAGUCUCUACCAUCAGCCACCUCAUCCAGAUCUCAUACCUUGGGGCCCGUCGCUCUCAAGCCCCUUGGUGGACUCCUGAGGACUGGGCAGGCUGGAACAAGAUCAACGAGACAUUCCUGGCCCGCUACUACGAGGCCAAGGUCGCCUCCGACGAGGCUCUCGUGGUGGAAGCAAGGAAGAGACCCGAGAUCACCGCCGUUUCGGUGCGCCCUGGAGGUCUGACGGAUAAGGAGGAGGGCGGCGUGCUCAUGGGACAGACCAAGAAGGCUCGGGGGAUGACGACUCGUGCGACGACUGCGAGGGUGGUCGCUGUGAUCUUGGAGGAGGAGGUCAAGGGUCGAUGGCUGGAUGUCUUGGACGGCGAGGAGGACGUAGAGACGGCCGUGCAGAGGUGUGCUCGCGACGGAACAGAUUGUUAUGAAGGUGAGAACAUCGUCAGUACUUAA